CCAAUAAGGUGCCACGUUAGAAAAAGCUCCUGCCGCUUGGCUCCACCCCCCCUCCUAUCUUCCCCUCGCCCCCACUUUUCCUUUGGCUGUGUCAAGCGGCGGCCACCAACGUGGAGAGCGGAAGCCGCCGCCGCCGCCGCGCUGUUCUCCAUCGAACGAGCUCCGCCGCGUGAGCUGAGGAGGGAAGGAGGCGUACGGCGCGCGGGCAGCUGACGGUUUAAGGACUGUACCAUUCGCCUCCCGCGGAAGGGGCGAGCGACUGCCACCCACAUUAAGGCGCACGUGAGGGCUGCUGUUGGUGGGCACCUGUGAGGGGGUCGCUCGCUCGCCUUCUCUCGCUCACUCCCCCGCCCCCGGCGCAGCGCGUCGUGUUGGUAGAAGCCCAACCGCCGUCAGGCGCGAGGAAGACACGUCCCGUCAGCCACAACCGGUUUGAACCGGAGCGCGAGGAGGAGCCGCCGCCGUCGCCGCCGCCAUGGCCGAGACUGAGGAAAGGAGCUUGGACGACUUUUUCGCGAAGCGGGACAAGAAGAAGCGGAAAGAGAAGAGCAGCCGGGGGGCCGCCGCGGCAACGUCCGCCUCCUCGGCUUCCUCGCACAACGCCCCUGCUGCCGCUUCUGGCGGGGGUGGGGGAGGGGGGAGCCGGCAAGCCGAGGGCGGCUCCGGGGGGGGCUCCCAUGCCAACGCCGCCGCGACGAAGGGGGGGAUUAAGGAGGAGGAUGACUGGAAGGAAUUUGAGCAAGAAGAAAUAAUUGACUACAGUGGUCUCAGAGUUCAGUCCAUGCAAAUUAGUGAAAAAGAUGAUGAAGAUGGUGAAAAGAGGGAAGAGACAAGGGAUAACAGUGAAGAACCAGGUGGGGGUAUGGAUAAGUUGUCAGGUCCUUGGAAUAGAUCUGCUCCUACACAGGCACCUGUUGCUGAGAUUAUUGAAACCCCAGAGCCAGUUCAGUCCAGUGGAGUAUAUAGGCCACCUGGAGCAAGAGAAACUAGAACAAGAAAAGUGCCACAAGGACCCCCAGAGAUUUAUAGUGAUGCACAAUUCCCAUCGUUGCAGUCCACUGCCAAGCAUGUAGAUACUAGAAAGGAUAAAGAAAUGGAGAAGAGCUUUGAAGUAGUAAAACACAAAACUAGAGGUAGGGAUGAGGUUUCAAAAUCCCAGGCAACUAAACUUCAGCUAGACAACCAAUAUGCUGUGCUUGGGGAUCAGUAAAGCUGUACACACAUUACAAUUAAGGAAUGGUUAUUUGAUACCUUUCCAGUCUAAGGUAACUAAACCACCUAUUAUGAACAUGCCGUCUUAUAUCUGCUGGAUCUACUGCAACAAGUGCAGACCUCUGACGUAAGUGAUUUGCUCUAUGGAAGUAUGCUUAAUUUGGUACAACUGACACUUCUUUUGGAUAUGAGGGAAAUUAAUGUAACUGGUUGAACAAGACCCCCCCAGUGUUUUGAUUAUCUGCAAAAGCUAUCGGCAGCCAGUGGUUAUUUCAAAUUUUUUUAUGUUCAGAUACUGAGCCUUCGUAAGGGUUGACUACCUCAGACUUGCUGCACUCAUUGUGGACACCAUGUGGAUCACAACUUCUGGAAAAGGUUACAACUCUUUAGUGGCCAUCUGAAACUCGAAACCAGCUCUACUGGAUUCCUCUCAGAAAUCCUGCAGAAGUCAGCCAUCUGGGUUCUGAUUUAUUCUAAAUGACAAAAGUGACCUUAAAUGAGCAAUUUGUCCUGUGCCCCCAUUUAUUAUUCCAUCCUUUCAUAUGUAGCCAUAACUUAAUAGGAACCUCUAGCAUAUACCACUUUCAAAAAUAUGCAGUGUAGUGUUGAGCUGUUUGUUUGGGUUUUGUUUCAAUUUAGGUUUCCAGAAAAUAAAUAUCCAUCCAGAUAGAAAACUUAGGUAGGGACACUAGUCUGCGUAUAUUACUGGUUUCAUCUAUGUAAACUUUUUUUAAAAAAUGCCUUUUUUGGCUUGAGAAAUUGCAGCAUAGUCAAGUAGCAGUAUGGAUUAUGCAGACUAUCCAUACAUUAUUUUUUCUUUAUUUUCAAGUGACUAGGAUUUCUGUAGAUUUGCAUUCAAUGGCCAACAAAUGUCUAUGCGCCCCUAGUCUGUGGAGCUCAUUUUUGAAAAACUCAAGCCGUAUACUUAACCUUAACAAUGUAUUAUGGCAAGUAUCAGCUGUUGGUCGCACACACUAUUGUAUUUGCUGGAUGGAAGUAAUUAUAUGUCUAGUGAAAAAUGUCAUUUGAUGUGGUUUCUUACUGGUUGAAACAUGGAAAUAUUCUGGAAAUGUGUUGCACUUAUGACAGUUUUUCGUCUGUUGCCCAAAGAUUUAGUGACAACUUCAGUCAAAGAUCAGUCUUCUGACCAGCUGUGUGACAUUUGGAGAGAUACUAGUACAAUAAUACUUAUAUGCUAAGAUUUGUGCUUUACUGUACAGUAUGACACUGAUCGUGGAUAGAAUUCAAACCAACUCCCAAAGAGAUUCCUGGGGUACAGAAGGUAAUCCUCCCUAAAUUUUCUUCUCAACUAAAUCUUGAUGUGGCUGCUGCUGCUGUGUCUUUACAAGAGUCCUGAUGCUUUCUUGACUCUUGAGCAGGAAUUCAGACAUUCUCAGAGCAUACAGCUUUGUGAGAUGGGUAGGUAAAAUACA